GUGGUCAGGCAGGCCGGGUCAGGAACCAUCGGGCAGACAAGACACAAAGGAGCAGGCAGAGCGUAUGGUCAGGAAUAGCCGGGGUCAGGACAGGCGGAGUUCAUUCAGAGUCAGGAUCAAAGCAGAAUCAGGAAUCAGGCAGGAAGCAGACAGGAUGCAGGUACAGGGGCUCAUGGGAAACAUACACCAAGGCACUGACUGCAGGUCUGGCCAUUCCUUAAAUACACCUCCUGCAAUCAGCCUCAGGUGAUGGCUGACUGCAGGAGUGAGCUUCUGGUUGCUGAGAGCACCCGCUGGCCAGCCCUGGUACUGCAGCCCACACGGCAGAUGAGUCCCACCACCUUUGGUGAGUCCAUUCCUGACAGAACUAUAAGUACAAGAUAUACUAUACCACCAUUUAAAAUGCUUAAACUGUACAGGGACAGCAAAAAUGAGGACCUAGUCACCAUAAAC